GCAUGUCGACCCAAAGAAAUCAUCAUUAUUACUGAAACAUCAAUGCGUCAACCUUUACAACAACUUGCAGAUGAAGUGGAUCCAACAAAAAUCAAAAUACGAACGGUACCCAAGGCAAACAAACGAUUACAAAUGGUGGAAGGUAUCAAUGCAACAACGACAGAAAUUUUAGUAUUUGCGGAUGAUGAUGCGAUUUGGAAACCAACAAUGCUGGAAUACAUAUUAGCUUGUUUUGAAGACUUACAAAUGGGUGGCGUGGGCACUUCACAAACGGUACAUGCAGUGGAUCCAAACGGACAUCAAACAUUAUGGGAAAUAUUGGCUGGUUAUCGAUUGACGAGUCGAAAUAUUGAAAUAGCAGCAUCGACACAUAUUGAUGGUGGCAUUUGUUGUUUAUCAGGACGAACGGCGGCUUAUCGAACAUUGAUCUUAAAGGACCCGGCUUUCCAGUACUGUUUUACAAACGAUUAUUGGAGGGGAAAAUACUUACUUAGCUCGGGUGAUGACAAAUUUCUAACAAGGUGGAUGGUGUCUCAUGGAUGGAAUACAUAUGCUCAGGUGUGCAAGGAAGCUGAACUGUUUUCCACAUUCAAGAAUAACUGGCGGUUUCUCAAACAAGUACUACGUUGGACUAGAAAUACCUGGCGAUCUGAUUUUCGGUCUCUGUUUACAGAACGCUAUAUUUGGUAUCGUCACCCUUAUGUUGCUUUUACCAUGAUAGACAAGAUAUUCAAUCCCUUGACUCUGUUGGCUGGUCCUCUCCUUGUUACCAAGUUUGCCGUCACUCAAGAACAUCAUCCUACGAAUGCUCCUUUACCUGGUUGGAAUAUUGCUGCUUCUUAUGUGGUAUGGUUAUUGGCUACUCGGUUCCUCAAGCUCUUUCCUCAUUUCCUCAAAAGACCUCAAGAUAUCUGGGUACUUCCUUGUUGGUUGAUCUUUAAUUAUUAUUUUGCCAUCAUGAAAUUAUAUGCCUUAUUCACCUUACAUGAAGUUGCUUGGGGAACUCGUAAUUUGAACGCUACUACGGAUGAACAUCAGGAUCAAGAACAAGUCAAGAUUGAAAUGGAUACUAUUAAUCGUAAUAAUAUCAAGUCAUAGUGAUAGAUAUUAGAAGAAAAAAAAAUAAUAGUGAUAGAGGAUGAUGAUUAUUAGUAGUAUAUGUCUUUCUUUUUUUUUUUUUUUU